AUGGCAGACCCACCUUCCAAGACCAAGCCUCGCAAAGCCAGAGCCGGUAUCUACCAAAGUAUGCACAACUCAGGCUACCAGAACUUCGACCUCAGUGACGACGACUUCUUCGACAGCGACGGCAACGCAUCUCUCUGGCCUACCGCCAAAACCCGCAUCUCUGACGCCGAAUUUCUGAAACUGCUCAGUCAAGCCUACAACGCUCGCUCAGACCUCGUGAAGGAAUGGAGUGGACAGAUCAUCGUCUUUGAAGGCGGACCUCCCAAGGGAUACGCUCUGUUCAGAACCGUUGAUCUGUUUGUUCAUGGACAUCCUUCCGGCACUUACUUCAGAUCCGUCAAGGGCUUUGUUGAUCAUGUGCAUGCCAUUAUGACCGAAAAGCUUGCUACUUGCGGCUGUGUUGUACUCUCCUAUGAUGGACUCCCAAUGAACAUAAAGACUGUCAAGUCGAUUUUAACGGGCGUGUUUGUGUCUCAAAAGAUUACUGUGCAUCUCGCAAGCAUGAUACCGCAUUGUGAGAAGGUCAAAGAAUCACGUGCACUGCUAUGUUCACUCGGCAUCAACGCCACCCUCUUUCCUUGUCAUGCUUUGUGCACUUUUCAAAUCUCUGCAGAAGAGUCGAUUCAUCAUAUAAUUAACCAACUCACGCUUCCACUAUUCCAUUAUCGCAUCAGCGCAACCAUCUAUCCAAACCAAAUCAACAAGAUGAGCAUGCCGGUUCGAACCUUCUACGGACCCAAUCCUCUCAUUCUCGACGUCGAUCUCAGCACCUACAACACCAGCGAUGGUACAGGUCAAUCUCCCGACAACCAACUCAGACAACCCGAUGCUCGAUUGCUUGAGGACCUUACCACUGCUUUCAAUAACGAAGGCUGGGGCUUCAUAAUCUUCGGCAAGGUCGUGAAGUUUGUCGGUGGUCCUCCUAUUGGAUACUCCGAGUGGAUCUUCUACGUACCUCACAGUUUUAUCAGUGGGCACAUCUAUGGACAUCCCAGUGGUCAAUACUUCGAACUCAUGGGCCAGUUCGUUAUUCAUGUGGUCGCUAUUGUCCGGGACGAUCUCGCCAACUGCACUUGUAGGGUCUGCACUACGGCUGCUGCUGCUGCUGCUCAGACAGCUGCUGUUCCCUCUGCUCCUUCUGAUACUUCUGGUCAUUCUGAUCCUUCUGGUCCUGCUGGUCCUGCUGCUUCUUCUGCUCCUUCUGCUCCUUCUGCUCCUUCUGCCUGA